AUGGAGGUGGAUGAGCGUGUCCACACCUUAACUGAGAGCUUCAAGCCCUUUGUGCCCAAAGCUUUCCCUGGUGAUCGGUUACUGGACCACUUUGCGGACCAUCUCCAUUUUGAUGAGCGUGAUCCUACCCAGGAUAGGCGCCCAUAUCUCAACGAGCUCGUCGCAAAAGUGAGGGCCAACCCUUUAACAGUACUGGCUGCAGCCAAUGGCUCUGUCCCUCGGUCCAACCAGUAUCAGGCGGCCUCGGCUGCCAUCAUCUACAAGGGUCAUUGCGAGCUCAAAAGGACUUGCUAUGUCUCAGGCAGAGUUACCGCCCCUGAUGUGGAGCUCAAUGCCAUUGCGUGCGCAGUGCACCUUGCUGUCAAGCAGGCAAACUGCCAACAUAUCAUGGUCUUUACUGACUCCAUGGGCUCAGCCCACAGAGCAGUGGACCCCUCUGUACACUCUGGUCAGGCUUUUAGUCUGUCAGUCUGUUGCGCUCUCCAGGAGUGGUUCGAGACAGAUGAUCUCUGCCGCAUCACCUUGAUUUACAUUCCAUCAGCUUUGCGGUGGGACAUUCAUGGUGAGGCACACAAGUACAUCACCGAGCUUAAAGUCAGGGUUGGACAUUGCAAGACGGACAAUUCUAUAGACAUGCUAUGCUCUCAAGCCGCGCACUCAGUCCUGGAUUUGUGGAGUUCCACUUUCCAGGAUCUGACUUACUGA